GUCGAUGACCCAGCCCACUUCUAGGCGUGAGUAAUUACAAGAGAAAAGCGCUAUAAUCAUCAUGGACAACAAAGGAUUGCUUUCAAUGAAGAACUAAAACAUUCUUAUGAUCAAUGAGCUACAUUUAAAUGAUACAAGUGAAGAGUAAUGGUGUAUCUUUAGAUGCUAAUUUAUCAUAUUCUAGGUGUUUGUUAACAAACCAAAACGUGACAUUCUUGAACAACAGAGACGUGGAUGAGUCAUCCCCAUGUGUCGUUUUGCAGAUAACCAUCUCUAGAUAACUUCAGAACAUUUUUGAAUUUCUGAAGCUUUUUGAAAGGUUUUUGAUUUUCGCUUAUUACCUAUGGGACGAUUAUCAUCAGAUUUGGAGAUGAUGCCUGGUCCAAAGUAAACCACGUUUUCAACGCAUGCAACCUUGUCGCGAUGAGUGAUGACAGGACAUAGAUUUACAAAAGUGCUGGAUUGGAAGUUGACUGUCGGCACCACAUCUUAUACAGUUAAGCUGACAACUGCAAUGCAAUGGCAGUAAUGGAAAAUCUCUUCUGACUUGCCCUUCGUAAAGAUGGUGAUCUGAAAGCUUGUGGAGGCAAUUUAUCCUGCUCGUCAAAUUGUCUUUUCCAGAAGGAUGUUUUGGACUGAAGGAGAGUGUGUCUGAAAUCUGUGCAAGGCUGUUGGGCAAAGACUCUCCCCUUACGCCGCUGAGACGUCCCCUCCACAUCCAUCUCCAUCCCAUUUAGCCACAGUAGCCAUAUCCUGAUCACUGGCUCCAAGAUGGAUCCUUUGGAAAGAAUGCACUUCACCACUAUCGACUAUGUCAUAUUUGCCCUCUUGCUGGUGGCAUCCAUGGGCAUAGGGCUGUAUUACGCCCUGUCAGGGGGUCGGCAGCGCACCACUCAGGAGUUCCUGCUAGCGGACCGGAGCAUGAACUGCCUUCCUGUAUCCCUGUCACUUAUCGCUACAUUUCAGUCAGCGGUGGCUAUAGUGGGCGUGCCGGCAGAGAUCUAUACCCAUGGCACUCAGUACUGGUUCAUAGGCUGUGCUUACAUCUUGGGCCUAUUAAUUCCAGCACAUGUUUUCAUUCCUGUGUUCUACAGGCUACAUCUUACCAGCGCUUACCAGUAUCUGGAACUGCGCUUUAGCAAACCAGUGCGUAUCUGUGGAACACUUACCUUCAUCUUUCAGACAGUCAUCUAUAUGGGUGUUUGUGUGUACACUCCGGCCCUAGCACUCAAUGCAGUUACUGGCUUUGAUCUAUGGGGAGCAGUACUGGCCACUGGACUGGUGUGUACACUGUAUACUACUCUGGGAGGCCUGAAGGCAGUGAUCUGGACAGAUGUCUUCCAGACCAUAGUGAUGUUUGCUGGCCAGCUGGCGGUCAUCGUGGUGGGGGUCCAGCAGACUGGAGGGUUAGCAGAGGUCUGGAGGAAGGUCUGGGAGGGGAACCGUAUCUCUGGCAUAGACCUGAAUCCUGACCCUACGGAGAGGUACACAUUCUGGACCCUGGGGGUGGGAGGGAUCUUCCUGAUGCUGUCUCUGUACGGGGUCAACCAGGCCCAGGUCCAGAGAUACCUCAGCUCCAAGACCGAGCGGGAAGCCAUCAUGUCUUGCUACAUGGUGUUUCCCUUUCUACAGGUAGCUCUAGCUCUGAGCUGUGUCAUGGGGCUGGUCAUGUUUGCGCGUUACUGUGGGGAGGACCAAUUUCACAAAAUAGGCAACUUAUCAAAAAAUGAGAUGGUGUUAUACUUUGUUAUGGACAUGCUGCAGGAUCUACCUGGUCUGUCUGGACUGUUUAUAGCUUGCAUAUUUAGUGCAGCUCUCAGCACCAUCUCGUCAGCCUUUAACUCUCUGGCCACAGUGACCUUGGAGGACCUGAUCAAACCACACUGCUCAUCCAUGACAGAUGCCAGGGCCACCCUGCUCUCCAAGGGACUGGCAUGUUCAUAUGGACUGAUGUGCCUGGCUAUGGCCUAUUUAACCCACUUGAUGAGUGAUUCCGUUUUGCAAGCUGCUUUCAAAAUCUUUGGAAUGGUUGGUGGUCCUCUUCUUGGCAUCUUCUGUCUCGGGAUGUUCUUUCCUUGGGCUAACUCUACUGGUGCCCUGGCGGGUUUGGGGUCAGGCCUGGUGAUGGCCUUCUGGGUGGGCAUCGGGAGCAUCGUAACCCGUACCUCUGGUGGUCCUGCUGCUGUGUCUCAUUUCAACUGCAAUGCUGUACAACUCUCAGAAAACAUCACCACAGCCAUAGGGACUGCACUCAAUAGUACGUCUGUGCCUACUAGUACAUCCAGCCAACCAAUGGGUCUGCAGAGAUUCUACUCCUUGUCCUUCAUGUGGUACAGUGCUCUCAGCUCUUUCACUGUGGUGAUCACAGGGUUGAUCGUUAGCUUUCUCACAGGACCAAUGAAAGAGGAGGAUGUGACCCCAGGCACCCUGUAUCCUCUGUUGGGCAACAUGCUGUUCUUCGUACCAGAUAACCUCAAACAAAAUCUGUGCUGCGCCACCCCACUGGGGCACAGGCCAAUCAUCCAGGAAUGUCCACCUGCACAACACAAGGAAAGUAAUGUUCAGGCCGUCUACACAGAAGAAGAAGAGGAGGAGAGGCUGAACUUUCUUCCCACUUCUCCCACACCUGUUACGGAACACGAGACAACUGUGUGAUGCACAGAGACACAUGAGACAUGUUAUGUCGUGGCACACGGGGCAGUGAAAUGGUCCACACCAUUUUAUGUCACUGUUUUUCACAGAGGACCUGUUCUUUUGAGGAGAUGUGAUGUCGGGAGUGACUCUUAUUUUAAAACUUUGCUUCAGGUUUGUAAUUCAAGUGACUGGAUAAAAAAUGCACUGGGACUGUACAUGUAUAUUGUACAUGACGCAUGGCAAUACCAAAUGUACGUAGAGUAUUACGUAUUCUGGAAAUCAAAAGAUAAACCCAAGGCCAUAUUAUCUAGUUCUGAGGAAUUCAGAUUUGAAUGGACCGGAUGUAUAAAUGCAAAAAAUCUGGUUUAUGUUUCCUCUCAUUACCACAUAUUACCACAGAUAAGAGGAAACCCAGUGGCCGGCAGUGGGAGCAGAAUGGUUUUGGCUGACAUUCUGCCAAUUUUCUCAACGACCAAACAUUUUAUGCCCAUACAGUUUUCUGUUUCUAAAACUACAAUCUGUAACCAACUGAGAGGACUGCAUUCUGUAGACUUUACCCUUUGCCAAAGUUUGAAAAAAGUUGUUUAGGAGUGCAAGGGUGAAUUGAGUUAUUGCACACCCACACUUUAGAAUAGGCAACAGAAAUAUGCAAAUAAAUGCAAGAACGUGCCAAUGGGAUCUCACUAGCUUGUGCUUGUCCUGCCCACUAUGAUUAAUUUGCUCCCAUUGGAAACUACAGGCUCUGUUCAAUCUUUGGGUUAGUUAUAUAUUUGAUAUCACUAUGCUGCUGUCAAUGAGAAAAUAUCUUUAAUUUGUGGAACUGAGUAGUUAUUUCAGUAAUGUGAUCCGGUGAACAACUUUGUCAUGUUGGCCUGUUGUGUCGAAGCAGAAAAUAUUUUUGUAAAAUUAUACUGAGACGGUUUUGUUAGAAAAGAAAAUCUUAAAUAAACAUUUCAAUUUAUUUCAGG